ACCCGGGGCUUAAAUUUUUCUCUUCAUUCUGAAGAGAUUUUCUCCACAUUCCUAACCCCUCGUCUUCUUCAUUCGUUCUUUCCACUGCAACCUUAAACGCCGCCACAAAUACGUCGACGCCGUGGCUGUGAGUAUUAUAUUCCAUCUGCAAUUUCCUGGGUUUUAAAUUUGAGAUAUCGAGAUGGCACAUCUGGGUGGUGGUGCGGAAGCACAUGCCAGAUUCAAACAGUAUGAAUAUCGAGCCAACUCCAGUCUUGUUCUAACUACUGACUCUCGUCCUCGCGACACCCAUGAGCCCACUGGUGAGCCCGAAUCGCUUUAUGGAAAAAUAGACCCUAAAACAUUUGGGGAUCGGGCUUACAGGGGAAGGCCACCUGAGUUGGAUGAGAAGCUCAAGAAAUCAAAGAGGAAAAAGGAACGUGAGCCACAAAAUGCAUCUGAACCUGUGCUGAGUCGGCAGAGCAAGAGGCGGCGCAUUCAAGAAGAAAGUGUUCUAUCUUCUACAGAAGAAGGUGUUUACCAGCCCAAGACUAAGGAAACUAGGGCUGCUUAUGAGGCCAUGCUCAGUGUUAUUCAACAGCAACUGGGUGGGCAGCCAUUGAAUAUAGUUAGUGGUGCUGCAGACGAGAUAUUAGCUGUCCUUAAAAAUGAGACGGUUAAGAACCCUGACAAGAAAAAGGAGAUCGAGAGACUGUUGAACCCAAUACCAAACCAUAUAUUUGAUCAGUUGGUUUCAAUUGGGAGGCUUAUUACUGAUUUUCAAGAUGGUGGUGAUGCUGCAGGACCUACUGCAGCUAAUGGGGAUGAUGCUCUUGAUGAUGAUGUAGGUGUUGCUGUUGAGUUUGAGGAGAAUGAGGACGAAGAAGAGGAGAGUGAUCUUGAUAUGGUCCAGGAAGAUGAAGAGGAGGAUGAUGAUGUGAUGGAACAAAAUGGUUCUGGGGCUAUGCAGAUGGGUGGUGGGAUUGAUGAUGAUGAUAUGCAAGAAGCGAAUGAAGGUAUGACUCUAAAUGUUCAGGACAUUGAUGCAUAUUGGCUUCAGAGGAAGAUCUCUCAGGCUUAUGAACAACAGAUUGACCCGCAACAGUGCCAGAAGCUUGCAGAAGAGGUACUUAAGAUACUUGCUGAAGGUGAUGACAGGGAAGUAGAAACUAAGCUUUUGGUGCAUCUCCAGUUUGAUAAGUUCAGUCUCAUUAAGUUUCUCUUGAGGAAUCGGCUGAAGAUUGUGUGGUGUACCCGUUUGGCAAGGGCUGAAGACCAAGAAGAGAGGAAGAAGAUCGAAGAAGAAAUGACGGGUUCUGGUUCCGAUUUGGCUGCUAUUCUGGAGCAGUUGCAUGCCACAAGGGCAACUGCUAAAGAGAGACAAAAGAUCUUGGAGAAGAGCAUUCGAGAAGAGGCUCGACGUUUAAAGGAUGAGAGUGGUGGCGAUGGGGACAGGGAUAGGAGGGGGCCUGUUGAUAGAGAUGCAGAGAGUGGUUGGUUGAAGGGACAGCGUCAAUUGCUUGAUCUUGACGGCAUUGCAUUUCAUCAAGGUGGUUUUUUGAUGGCAAAUAAGAAGUGUGAGCUGCCAACAGGGUCUUACCGACAUCAUAGUAAGGGAUAUGAAGAAGUUCACGUGCCAGCACUGAAGGCGGCAGCAUUAGGACCAGGUGAAGAGUUAGUAAAGAUAUCAGCCAUGCCAGACUGGGCACAACCUGCUUUCAAAGGGAUGACCCAGUUGAACAGGGUGCAGAGUAAAGUCUAUGAGACAGCUCUUUUUACAGCCGAGAAUGUUCUAUUAUGUGCUCCCACUGGGGCAGGGAAAACUAAUGUGGCAAUGCUAACCAUACUUCAGCAGAUUGCAUUGAAUAGGAAUGCAGAUGGGUCAUUCAAUCACAGCAAUUAUAAGAUUGUCUAUGUGGCACCAAUGAAAGCUCUUGUUGCCGAGGUGGUUGGUAAUUUGUCUAAUCGCCUGCAGCAUUAUGAUGUCAAGGUGAAAGAGCUUAGUGGAGAUCAGUCACUGACCCGUCAACAAAUUGAGGAAACUCAAAUAAUUGUCACAACCCCAGAGAAGUGGGAUAUCAUUACCAGAAAGUCAGGAGAUCGCACCUAUACACAACUUGUGAAACUUCUUAUCGUUGAUGAGAUCCAUCUUCUUCAUGAUAACAGAGGUCCUGUGCUGGAAAGUAUUGUUGCAAGAACCGUUAGGCAAAUUGAGACUACAAAAGAGCAUAUUCGGCUGGUUGGUUUAUCAGCUACACUUCCUAACUAUGAAGAUGUGGCACUGUUUCUACGUGUUGAUCUUAAAAAGGGAUUGUUCCACUUUGACAAUAGUUACAGACCUUGCCCUCUUGCUCAGCAGUACAUUGGAAUCACAGUAAAGAAACCCCUGCAGAGAUUCCAGUUGAUGAAUGACGUCUGUUAUGAAAAAGUUAUGGCUGUGGCAGGAAAGCAUCAAGUUCUUAUUUUUGUCCACUCAAGGAAAGAAACAGCCAAAACAGCUCGUGCAAUACGAGAUACUGCACUUGCUAAUGACACUCUUGGUCGAUUCUUGAAAGAGGACAGUGCAAGCCGAGAGAUUCUCCAUAGCCAUACUGAGUUGGUCAAGAACAAUGACCUUAAAGACCUUUUGCCAUAUGGUUUUGCAAUUCAUCAUGCUGGGAUGGCUAGGGCAGAUCGUCAGCUUGUUGAGGAACUUUUUGCUGAUGGACAUGUGCAGGUGUUGGUCUCCACGGCAACUCUUGCUUGGGGUGUCAAUUUGCCCGCUCACACUGUCAUUAUCAAAGGGACCCAGAUCUACAAUCCAGAAAAAGGAGCAUGGACUGAAUUAAGCCCUCUGGAUGUUAUGCAGAUGCUAGGUCGUGCAGGAAGGCCUCAAUAUGAUUCUUAUGGAGAAGGAAUAAUCAUUACCGGCCACAGUGAACUGCAAUACUAUCUCUCUUUGAUGAAUCAACAGCUUCCUAUUGAAAGUCAAUUUGUCUCUAAACUGGCUGAUCAGUUGAAUGCAGAAAUUGUUCUUGGAACUGUUCAAAAUGCCAGAGAAGCCUGCAGUUGGAUCGGGUACACCUACCUGUAUGUUCGCAUGUUACGAAAUCCUACACUCUAUGGUUUGUCACAUGAUGCUCUGACAAGAGAUAUAACCUUGGAGGAAAGGAGGGCCGAUUUGAUUCAUUCCGCUGCAAUCAUCUUGGACAGAAAUAACUUGGUUAAAUAUGAUAGAAAAAGUGGAUAUUUCCAGGUCACAGACCUUGGCCGUAUUGCUAGCUACUACUAUAUAACCCACGGGACAAUAUCGACAUAUAACGAGCAUUUAAAGCCAACUAUGGGUGAUAUUGAGCUUUGUCGGCUAUUCUCGUUGAGUGAAGAAUUUAAAUAUGUAACAGUGAGACAAGAUGAGAAGAUGGAACUAGCAAAGCUCUUAGAUCGUGUUCCUAUUCCCAUCAAGGAAAGCCUGGAAGAACCUAGUGCCAAGAUUAAUGUUUUGCUCCAAGCAUAUAUUUCACAGUUAAAGCUCGAAGGGCUUUCACUAACAUCUGACAUGGUGUUCAUAACUCAGAGUGCGGGACGUCUUGUACGGGCUCUUUUUGAGAUUGUGUUGAAAAGAGGAUGGGCACAAUUGACUGAGAAGGCUUUGAACUUGUGCAAAAUGGUUAACAAGAGGAUGUGGAGUGUCCAGACACCACUUCGCCAAUUCAAUGCAAUUCCAAAUGAAAUUUUAAUGAAAUUGGAGAAGAAGGAUCUUGCGUGGGAGAGGUAUUAUGACCUUUCAUCACAGGAGUUAGGAGAGCUUAUACGUUACCCUAAGAUGGGCAGAACCCUUCACAAGUUCAUUCACCAGUUCCCAAAGCUUGACCUUGCAGCACAUGUUCAGCCAAUUACUCGUACUGUUCUUAGGGUGGAGCUCACUAUCACACCAGAUUUUCAGUGGGAGGAUAAAGUCCAUGGGUUCGUGGAACCUUUUUGGGUUAUUGUAGAAGAUAAUGAUGGGGAAUAUAUUCUUCAUCAUGAGUAUUUUAUGAUGAAGAAGCAGUAUAUUGAUGAAGUCCACACUCUGAACUUCACAGUGCCGAUCUAUGAACCAUUGCCUCCUCAGUAUUUCAUUCGUGUUGUGUCGGACAGAUGGCUUGGGUCACAGUCUGUUUUGCCUGUUUCCUUUAGGCACCUUAUUUUACCAGAAAAGUAUCCACCACCAACAGAGCUGUUGGAUUUGCAACCGCUGCCUGUGACUGCAUUAAGAAAUCCAUCAUAUGAAGCCCUUUAUCAAGAAUUUAAGCACUUUAAUCCUAUCCAAACUCAGGUUUUCACUGUCUUGUACAAUACGGAUGACAAUGUUUUAGUUGCAGCACCUACAGGGAGUGGGAAGACAAUAUGCGCAGAGUUUGCUAUUUUGAGAAACCAUCAAAAAGGAUCUGAGAGUAUAGUGCGUGCUGUUUAUAUUGCUCCCAUUGAAGCUCUCGCUAAGGAACGGUAUCGUGAUUGGGAAAGGAAGUUUGGAAGAGGUCUUGGAAUGCGAGUGGUUGAAUUAACGGGGGAAACAGCAACUGACUUGAAACUGCUUGAGAGAGGUCAAGUAAUAAUCAGCACCCCUGAGAAGUGGGAUGCUUUAUCUCGCCGCUGGAAACAGCGGAAGCAUGUUCAACAGGUUAGUCUCUUCAUUAUUGAUGAGCUCCACUUGAUCGGGGGGCAAGGUGGUCCUGUCUUGGAGGUGAUAGUCUCUAGGAUGAGAUAUAUUGCGAGUCAGGGUGAGAACAAGAUCCGUAUUGUGGCUCUGUCAACUUCUCUAGCAAAUGCCAAGGAUCUUGGGGAAUGGAUAGGGGCUACAUCUCAUGGCCUUUUCAACUUCCCUCCUGGUGUGCGUCCUGUGCCCCUGGAAAUACACAUUCAGGGAGUUGAUAUAGCUAAUUUUGAAGCGAGGAUGCAAGCAAUGACAAAACCAACAUAUACUGCAAUUGUGCAACAUGCCAAGAAUAGAAAACCUGCUAUUGUGUUUGUGCCUACAAGGAAGCAUGUACGACUUACUGCUGUGGAUUUGACGACAUACUCUAGUGCAGAUGGUGGAGAGAACCCUACAUUUCUCUUACGGUCUCCAGAAGAACUAGAGCCUUUUGUUGGCAAGAUUCAAGAAGAAAUGUUGAGGGCCACUCUACGUCAUGGAGUGGGUUAUUUGCAUGAGGGCUUAACUGGUAUGGAUCAGGAAGUUGUGUCACAGCUGUUUGAAGCUGGGUGGAUUCAGGUUUGUGUUAUGAGUAGUUCAUUAUGCUGGGGAGUGCCAUUGUCAGCUCAUUUGGUGGUCGUAAUGGGAACCCAGUAUUAUGAUGGGCGCGAAAAUGCUCACACUGAUUACCCAGUUACUGAUCUGUUACAGAUGAUGGGCCAUGCCAGUCGACCUCUAUUAGAUAAUUCUGGGAAAUGUGUCAUCCUCUGUCAUGCCCCUCGUAAAGAAUACUACAAGAAGUUCUUGUAUGAAGCAUUCCCAGUUGAAAGUCAUUUGCAGCACUACCUGCAUGAUAAUUUGAAUGCUGAAAUAGUUGUUGGAGUCAUUGAGAACAAGCAAGAUGCUGUGGAUUAUCUCACUUGGACAUUCAUGUAUAGGAGGCUCACUCAAAAUCCAAACUACUACAAUCUUCAGGGAGUUAGUCACAGGCAUCUUUCUGAUCACCUUUCAGAAAGUGUAGAGAACACAUUGAGUGAUUUGGAAGCAAGUAAAUGUGUUGCAAUCGAGGAUGACAUGGACCUCUCACCGUUGAACCUUGGCAUGAUAGCAUCAUAUUAUUAUAUCAGCUACACUACCAUAGAGCGUUUUAGUUCUUCUUUGACUUCCAAAACAAAGAUGAAGGGUCUUCUUGAGAUUCUCGCUUCUGCAUCAGAGUAUGCACAAAUUCCAAUACGACCAGGGGAGGAAGAUUUGAUUCGAAGGUUGAUUAAUCAUCAGAGGUUCUCUUUUGAAAAUCCUAAAUGCACAGAUCCACAUAUAAAGGCAAAUGCGCUGCUUCAAGCUCACUUCUCGCGGCAAAUUGUGGGUGGGAAUCUAGCAUUGGACCAGCGAGAGGUGCUCCUUUCUGCUGGUAGAUUGCUUCAAGCAAUGGUUGAUGUCAUUUCCAGCAACGGGUGGCUCAACCUGGCUCUUCUUGCUAUGGAGGUGAGCCAAAUGGUGACACAGGGCAUGUGGGAGCGUGAUUCCAUGCUUCUGCAGCUUCCACACUUCACAAAGGACUUGGCUAAGAGAUGCCAGGAAAACCCUGGCAAAAGUAUAGAAACAGUCUUUGAUUUGGUGGAGAUGGAGGAUGACGAGAGGCGGGAGCUCUUGCAGAUGUCAGAUUCACAGUUGCUGGAUAUUGCAAGGUUCUGCAACCGCUUCCCCAACAUUGAUAUCACAUAUGAGGUGCUAGACAGUGAAAACUUGAGGGCUGGGGAUGAUAUCACAUUGCAAGUCAUGCUCGAACGGGAUCUUGAAGGGAGAACAGAAGUGGGAUCAGUGGAUGCCCCCAGGUAUCCUAAAGCCAAAGAAGAAGGAUGGUGGCUUGUCGUGGGUGACACCAAAAGCAACCAAUUGCUGGCUAUCAAGAGGGUUGCCUUGCAGAGAAAGUCGAAAGUGAAACUUGAAUUUGCCGUGCCUGCAGAAGCUGGAAGGAAGUCGUAUACUCUCUAUUUCAUGUGCGACUCAUAUCUGGGUUGUGACCAGGAAUAUAGCUUUUCUGUCGACGUCAUGGAUGCUUCUGGCCCUGAAGAAGACAGUUGAAGAGAAUGAGUGACACAAGCUGUGGAUUUUUCAACUCGGUGGAGACGAUUGCACCCAAACACAAAAGGUAUCACCUUGUUUAGUAAAUCCGAUGGCAUUCCAGUUUUAACUUUUAUUGUUUCUUGCUCCUGCUACCCCUAAAAUUCUCAUGACUCUCUAAAAUGUUACGUUGUUAUUUUGAAGUGCAGCAGUAUGUUAGUGUAAACGAGAACUAGACGUUUCAGAAGCAGUUGUAAGAUGUGGUGCAAGUCUAAACCAAUUUGUGGGGUUGAAGCAAAUUUUCUUGGUUAAAUUUUACAAGUUAGUUUUCUUU